UUAUAAGCAAAACAAGGAACAGGAAUGCAGAGCCAGCAAAUGAUCAUUGGUCUAAUUAAAAUCUUAAUGGUCUAAUCAAAGAUUUAAUAUUAGUCCAGAUACUAACACAGUUCAAGCCACAUGUGGUUACAGUGAUACAGACACAAACUCUAGUACCAAACCCUCUGGUGUUAUCUUUGCUCACUCACUCAUCCUCUGGGACUUGACUGAAUUCAACUGCGAAGGGGAUGUCUUUACAGUAAGUCACCAACAUUCCCUGGCAGGAGGAGGAUGCUAAUGGUUUCUUCCUCCUUGCCUUGUGUCCAUUUGUGAUCAUUUUUACUGGUUGAUAACACACUUAUCGACGCCUUGCUCUUUAUUCUAUUCUACUCUGUUCUAAUCAUUGAUUCACAGUUCCACAUUACAUCGGAAUUUACUCCACAUAGUGUGUUUUACAUAUGUUGAGUACUCAUUCUUUGUCCUCUAUGUUGCUGGGUUUUAUCCAACUCCCAAGGCUGCCUCCCACAGAAUUAAGCACAGGUGAGAUGUUACAGCUUAGGGCCCCAGCACUGUACUGUGUUGGCACUUUCAGGCCCUGCAGUCACCUCAUGCCUAUACCCCCCCUAUGAUGCAUUUUUGCAAGGGUUGUAGAUCACAGAUGGUUCCCUCUUCACGGAAUAACUACUGGUUAUCGCUGUCCGUUACUUUAAAACAUAAAUGUAUACAAACUAAGCAAAAAGCUACAACAAAUUAGAUAAGUUCCCUGGUUGUUAACUGAAUUUGUUGCAGCUAAAUAAGCUGUAGCAAAGCUCCAGGCACCCAGGAUGAGUUCAGACAAAGUCUGGCAAGUUUUGUAGCCCAUGUUGUUAGCUGGAAAGAAAGCCUGUGGCUUCAAUGACACCACCUCACUUCAUGUGGGUUACAAAAGCAACUACUGGUUUUAAUGUGUUUUUUUUUCAGUCAGAGUGACUGUAAGAAUAUGAGAUCUGUGUUACAGCCCUCCAGAGUACUAUUUUUGUAUCUCAUAUUAGUACUUUAAUAUAAAUAUAUUAUUUUAUAUUUUUUUGUAUUCCCUGAAAUUCUGUCCUGUGGUGACAGACCUGAUGUAGUCUUGUCUGUGCAUGCUCUAGAGAACAGGUUAUCCCCAAAACUCUGCCUGUGUUUUACUUUGUUAUUAGUUUGCUCUUCAAGGAGCAAAAUAACAUAUAUUCUGCACAGAUGUUUGUGGGGCCAGGGCUUAGGAGUGGAGCUGUUUGGGAGUAGGACAGCACCUUCAUAUGUUCUGAUGUUCUUACAUGAUCUUAGUUUUGCACUCAUGUAAAUGUAUGGGGGUCUUCAUUACACUUAAACUCAGACAAGAUAAUACAGUUAUGGUUAGGUCUAUACUUUUGAAAUAUCAUUAGUAAUUCCAUUAUUUCAGAAGGAAAAAGAACAGUCAAUACAGAUCAUUUGAAUGUUCACAAUAGCUGAUACCUUCCAAGCAUGUGUUUAGCAAUCUCUAGAACAGUUGGGCUUUGCAGUGAAAUUUUAGUUUUCAUCAGAAUCCUUUUAUAUAAGUUUCAGGCAUGUCAUUAUUAUUAUUUAGACCACUUUGAGAAUAUUUAGAUGCUUACAAAUCAUUAUUUUGAAAAGUUACUCCCUGAGUAAAGAAAAAUACUCUUUUCCAGGUAACUCAGUAUUAAUUUCCCAGCAGCUUCCCAGUUUAGAAACCUGAUGGGAUGUUUAUUCCUCUAAUUCUUUCUGUAUAGAUUAUGAGGGCAAAUGGAUUCAUUCCAGUCACUUGAGAUAGAGUUGUGCUAAUAGUGAAGCGUGCCAGAAAGCUGGAAUUUGUAACAAAAACAGUCUUGGCAGCUGACAUUUCUGUUCUGCUUGGCUAUGCAAUUCUGCAUGUAUAGGCAGUGAAGGCUGAGAAGCAGGCAAAGUUUAUUUUAUUGGGAAAUAAUACAGUGAAAAAUUUACAGCUCAUUUACAGGUGUGUUGAAUGUCCUGCAGCGUAGAGCAGUUUUGAUUGAAAGCUGCUCAGUUUUUUUGUGUGUAAUUUGCUUUGUCAUUUAGAAACGAGCUAGGAGCUUAUGUCAUUCAACAGGUAGAACUGAUGAGCUCUGGUGCAAGGCCUAUUUAUUCACCCAUUAGGGGCUUGAUGUUGGAUUGAAGAGAGAGAAAUAAGCUUGAGAGCUGUGAAGAGUGUUGAGAGAGACAAAAGACCUGGGAAGCUGAGCGUAGUCAGUAAAACACUUCUUAAACUGUUGAGAGAAUUCUUUUGACUGAGAAGAGAAAUGCAUUCUGAAGGAUAACUGCUGCUUACUGAACUGAACUGCAAAGAUCUCAUGCUUUGGAGAUGAAGAUGAUAAACCCAAGGAAAUAAUCCAGCUGCUCCCGUUGUGGCAACUGAAAUAUCCUUUGUGCCAAAAUGAACAGUCUUUGAGAAAAAUCUGGAAAGCUGUAAAAUCUGAAAAAUGGGAGAAAGAGUAAGGAGUCCAGAUUCUGAACAUGAGAGGAAAUCAGAUGAGGAUAAAAAUAGCGACUCCUAUUAUUCAGAUGAAGGUAACGCAUCUCGUUCAUCCAGCCAGUCGCCCGCACUAAGCUCUCCAUCUACAAGCCAAGAAAAGAGACAUCACAAAACACAGGCUUCAAACAGCCUUGUGCACUACCAAGCCACAAAGAAAUUGGAUUCCAAAUAUGCACCAAGCAAGAGAGGGACACGGUGGGGUUUCCGUUCUCAGAGCCUCACUAGGGAUUCUCCUGCAAAAGAUAUAGAUCUUGUUACAAAAAGAGUUCUUUCUGCGAGGCUGCUGAAAAUCAAUGAGCUCCGAAAUGAACUGACUGAACUCCACAUCAAACUAGAUGAGCUGCAGAAGGAAAACAGGGCACUGAAGAGGCUUCAGCACAGGCAGGAGAAAGCCCUGAAUAAGUUCGAAGAUACAGAAAACGAAAUCUCUCAGCUCCUUGCUCGGCACAACAAUGAGAUUAGAAUAUUAAGGGAGCGCCUACGAAAAUCUCAGGAGAGAGAACGUGCAACUGAGAGACGGUUGAAAGAUUCGGAAGAUGAACUGUACAGAACAAAAACUGUCUUGCAGAAACUGAAAAAACUGUCUGCAGAUAAGCACCUUGCCGAAAGAGAUGACCUGGCAAAGAAACUAGCCAAUGCAGAGAGCAGGCUAGAGGACAGGGAAAAAAGAGUUAAGGAUCUGGAAAGAAAUCUUGAGUUAAGUGGUAGCAGUUUUCAACGAGAGUUACAUUCAAAGAAAAAAAAGCUAUAUGAGGCUCAAGAAGAAAACAGAGUUCUCCAAGAAGAGCUUCAUCAGCUGAAUCAGAAGCUGAAGGAAAAAGAAAGAGAACUUGAAGCAAAAAAUAUAUAUGCUAAUCGUAUGUUGAAGCUAUCACCAAGAAAAGACAUGGAUAUUGUACAAAGAAAAAGAGCCAACAACCAAAAUAUUAAAAAAGGACCACACCUCACAAAAGGUGUACAAACCAGUGGAUACUUCUCACCACCAGAACUUCUUCCGGAAUCAGAACUUGUCUGUGGUGACACAGUAAACAAGAAAGAAGGAAUUCUUCCUAAAAUAGAAAAAGAAACUCGAGACAAAGGGUGGAAAGAGCAAACAGACCUCCUAAGACAAGACCAAAACAGGGAAAGGGAAGAGAAACUGAAAUAUUUUCAGGAAAUGCAGGCUUUAGAGGAGAGAGUUUCAAAACUUCAUGACGAGUGGGAAAGGAAAGAAUAUGACAAAAUGAAAAAAGAAAGCAACUUUUUAUUGGAUAAAGAAGAGAAAAUAAAGAUGGAGGCAGAAAUCCACAAACCUGAAGUAGAGAGUGAAAGCCCUGAAAUGUUGGAAGAGCGGCGAAAAAGAGAGUUCCUGCUUGCUAAAAUGCAAGAAAUUGAUAGAGAAAUUCAAAGUACAGCAAACAUGAAACCAACUUCCCAAGCACCACUCAUAAAUACAGCAAGAAAAUCUGAUUCCCUGGAGAAGAAGGAAAAAACUAAUCCAUUCUUUGAGGUUCCAGGGAAGGUUACUAAUGGAUUUUCUGUAAAGGACAGCCAGGACGAUGCCACAAGAGCACAAGGGCAGAAGCAACAAAAUGUAAGGACUGUAGAUUUAAGUUGUGAGUUAGCAUUUGGUAGUUAUGUACCUUCCUUUGGGAAAGGAUCAGGGAGACCAAGUUGGCUUACUCAAAAAAGUGACAAAUUAGAAGAAAAUGUUAAGGAAAAUGCAGAUUUCGAUAGUAAGAAAGAAAAGAAGUCCAAUUUAAUGGAACAACUCUUUGGAAGCAGUGCCAGUACCGUUGUUCUCUCUAAAAAUAACAAUACACCACCCUUUGAUGUAGAUUGGGAUUCUAGUAAUACUCCUUUUGUUGAUAAAAACAGUAAACUCAAAGUAAAAGAAGACAAUGAGCUUUUUGGUGAAGGAAGAAACCUAAACAGACACCGUUUGCAAUACACUACAAGCAAGCCAGGAGUCAAGACCCUUGGUUCUUUAGAAGAUGAAAUUGAAGAAGUAAUCUUACAGUGAUCAUAUUUUUAUAUGUUUCAUAUGUAAAUACUGAAAAACUAUUUUCAUGUAAUAUUUAUUAGAUACAGAUUUGAAAGAUGUCAGAUAUAUUGUAAAGCCUUAUGAAGGAAUAAUUUGCAUAAAUGGGUAUAUGUAUAGAGGAGAGGUGCAGUGCUUGUUUGUUUUUUUUUUACCUGAAGGCUGCUCACAAUACACUGCUUUUCAAUUGGAGUACUUCUUUUAGGCCUCAGAUAUUUUCUUUCUCACACAUUUGGAGAGCCACUUAACUGUGCCAGGGGAAGGCAUGUGUAAUAUGAAAUGGAUAGAAGAGACAUCCCUAGCACAAAUUCUCGUAGAAAGAGAAUAUUUUACGCUGCUGUCAUGUUAUCUCAUAACAUCAACAGAAGCACAAUUAACUCAGGAACAGCCAAUUUCUCUUUUGUGUAGGUUUUCUGUGGACCUUACUACCAAAUGUGUCUAAGUCUUCUCAUUUAUACAGAUUAUAUUUGUUAUACAAUGCAAUUUUUUGUAAUUUCUGAAUUUUAUAUGUAAAAUUCCAAUCAUUACUAAGUAAUUUUUUAACAAAAUGGUUUUAUUAAAUGAGUUGAGUAAA